AUGGAUGAAGCAGAAGUGAUGGCCCAGUGGCAUUAUCGCUGGACUGUUGAUCCAGGUGCCAAGUUCCGGGGUAAAGGGCCGGAAAUGCUGUUCGCUGGGCAGAAGGUGAACGAUAACGAGUGGCACACAGUACGGGUGCUCCGGAGGGGGAAAGGUCUACAACUCUCCGUGGACAAUAUCACCGUGGAAGGGCAGAUGGCCGGUGACCACACGCGGCUGGAGUUUCACAACAUCGAGACAGGCAUCAUGACGGAGAAGCGGUUCAUCGCGAUGGUGCCAUCCAACUUCAUCGGGCACCUGCAGAGCCUGCGCUUCAAUGGCAUGGACUACCUGGACCUGUGCAAGAACGGGGACAUCAGCUACUGUGAGCUCAAUGCCUUUUUCGGCAUGCGGGACAUCAUCGCUGACCCGGUCACCUUCAAGACCAAGUCCAGCUACCUUGCUCUGGCUACUCUACAGGCCUACACCUCCAUGCACCUCUUCCUGCAGUUCAAAACCACCGCCAUCGACGGCCUCAUUCUCUACAACAGCGGGGACGGCAACGACUUCAUCGUCCUGGAGCUCGUCAAGGGCUACCUCCACUAUGUCUUCGACCUGGGCAACGGGCCAUCCCUGAUGAAGGGCAACUCAGAGAAGCCCCUCAACGACAACCAGUGGCAUAACGUGAUGGUGUCCCGUGACCCCAACAACGUCCACACCCUCAAGAUUGACUCCAGGACGGUCACCCAGCAUUCGAACGGCGCCCGCAACCUGGACCUCAAGGGUGAGCUGUACGUCGGGGGUCUUAGCGUGGGCAUGUUCAACAACCUCCCCAAACUGGUGGCGUCCCGCGAGGGCUUCCAGGGGUGCCUGGCGUCCAUCGACCUGAACGGACGACUGCCAGAUCUGAUGGCGGAUGCUCUCCAUCGCGUUGGGUUGAUCGAACGAGGAUGCGGAGGUCCCAGCACCACGUGCCAGGAGGAUUCCUGUGCCAACCAGGGCACCUGCAUCCAACAGUGGGAUGGCUACUCGUGCGACUGCACCAUGACCUCGUUCGGGGGCAGUAUCUGUAACUACCUACCUGUAUGGCUCAGGAAGCCACAUCGCUGGGAACUGACUCCCGUUCGGGAUGCCACCCUGCCUUCAACAGAAAGGCGUCAGCCCUACCCCGCCCCCCCAUCCCCCCGUCAAGAUCCACCUCAGGCAGGGCCAGGGAGAAGCGAUUGCCUCGCCAAACGCCAUGUGGUGAAGCAGGCACGCCUGGCAUUUGUUGGUCAGGAAAUGCCGGUGCCAGCCUGGUUUGGGCGAGGUCAGGGGUCAGGCGACACCUGCUCAGCGUUCACCAGGCCGCUCCCGAACGCCUGCGAUUUCGAGCAAGCCUCUAACCUGGCGUCGUGUGACUUCUGUCUGAUGAAGGGCAGGAUAUGGCGAGGGUGCGAGUGA